AUGGGAAAUGUGAAUACUCCAACAAAUAAGAAAUCAUUGACCUAUUUAAAUAAAUAAUUAAUGCUGACUGAAAUUCAAUAGAAAAUUUAACUGAAUCUAAAGAAACAGAAUAAGAAAAUAAUUUCUGAAUUAAAAACAACUUAAAUGAGUCAAGAACCUGGUAAUACAUUUAAAUUAAUAUAGAUUAAAUAUUUACAUAUCGAAUAUAAUGUUAAUCUGCACGUAGUUUAUUGGAAAAUUAACCUAUUCUUUCUAAUAGAUGA